CAGUGUGUCGCUGAUCGAGUUGGCGAGAGGUGACGCGCGGGCGACUCGAUUUUCCAAAAGCGAUGCGGGAUCUGGCCAAUAAGAUGGCCGAGUUAAAGUUCGAGGCUCCAUUGGCUCAAUUCGAAGAGGCGGACGAUUGGGGCUCGACGGAGUUCCAAACGGCAACGCUGCAGCAAAAAAACGAGAACGAGAUCAACAACAUCAACCUGAACAAGAAGAACAAGGAGCUGAACGAUGUCCUCAACGAUUUCAACGAGGACAUCAUGAACAACUCCAACAGUUUGGAGAACGUCAACGCCAAGAAGAUCGUGCUGAAGAACGGAGACACCGACAACUUCAACGAAACCUUCUCCGGGAGUCUGGAAGACCUAGUGAACACGUUCGAUGACAAAAUCACCAAGUGCUUCGGGAAUUACGAGGAGUCGGUGGAAAAAUUGGCCCCCGUACAGGUCAGGACUCAAGAGGAGAUCAUGAACGAAUGCCAAAUGUGGUGGACAAUUACAGGAAAUUUUGGAAACAUACUACCAAUUGAUUGGUCGAAAUCGUAUGCCAGAAAAUUGCACAUUGACUCGCUACAUUUAGAAAAGGAACCACAAACUCCUGACGAUGACCUUGACUUAAGCUCAGAAGAUGAGGCUGUCGCAAGCGAUUUAGAUAUGCAUGCCCUUAUAUUAGGUGGUUUGCAUCAAGACACGGAGCCUUUGAAAACUGCCGACGAAGUCAUCCAAGAAAUUGACGACAUGAUGCAGGAAGACAGUUGCUCUGUGGACGGAUCGCCAGGUUCCAGGGACUCCAUGUUGGAAAACAAUGAGGUUAUGGAGAAGGCCAAGGAAGUUUUAAGCUCCCCGCUAUACGCAGACAAACUAAGAGAUUUAAGCUUGUCUCAACUGAACGAGCUUUUCUUGGAACUGGAGGUUCUAAUUCGGGAAUUCUCGGAAACCCUGAUAUCCGAACUGGCGUUGAGAGAUGAACUGGAAUACGAAAAAGAAUUGAAAAACACGUUUAUAUCGCUUCUGCUUGCGGUGCAAAACAAAAGAAGGCAGUACCACGUCGAGAAAAAAAGAAGUUCAAAACACAGCACAGUAAAAACACCAAGUGGAUUGGAUCCAAAGUAUUUAACCACAGUAAUACCGUACCAUAUAGACAGUGGGCCAGCAGAUAAUCAAACUUUACAAGUCCUUAUUAAAAUUUUAAAAGCUAUAAACGAAGAUAGCCCAACUGUGCCCACCCUAUUGACGGAUUACAUCUUGAAAGUUAUAUGUCCAACGUAGAAAACUUAAACAUAAUAAAACAAAAUAGCUUAAUAAUUUAAGUCUAGGCUUACCUAUAUAGCACAUUGUUUUGCAGUUAUUUAUUUGUUGAAUCGUUUUAUAAAUUAUUUUUUGUAUUAUUGUAUAUGUGUUGUAAAUAUUUUGCCUAAACAUUCUAGUCUAAAACAAUGUUUAUUGUAAAUGUAAACGCAUUGAACCUGCUUUAUAUAUUUUAUCGAUUCGUAUUCAUAAUAUAACGAUUUUGUCACUCAUAUCAGAAUAGAAAAUUAUUUUUCGUAAAUAGUACCCAUAUUUUUCGCGGUUUAUAUGUAUAAAUGAAAAUCAAAAAACUACAAAGUUGAAAACUUACCUAAAUUCGUUCAUUUCUAGCUUCAAAACGAUUUUCACGAUUUUAAACUGUUUUAA